AUGUCUAAGGAAUUGUGUGAAUCAAUUAAUACGAUCGAUAAAUAUUUUGAUGAUGAUCUGAACAACCCGGAAGAACAUGAUUUUAGGAAUACAUUAAAUAUAUUUUUCACUGAUAGUAACUGUAGUAGUGGUGAAGAAAAGAUUAGCUCUGGUUUUAUAGCAUUGCUAACUUUACUUAAUAGUAUUGAAAAUAAUGAUCAUUUAAAGGGUGAUCAACUUGUGGAAUAUGCUAUUUUAUGGUUAAGUUAUAAACUAAAUCAAAAAAAAGAAAAUGGAACCACCAAAUUAAGCGAUUUUCUUACUGAAAAUAUAAAAAAAAAUAGUUGUUAUGAUAAGCAUAUAGCUACUAAUACUAAUAAUGGUGAUAAAAUUUAUAUGGAUGUUAUAGAUGACAAAAUAAAUUCGAUGGAUAUUGAUAUUAAAGAUAUAUCUAAUUUUUAUGAUGCAUUUAAAUCAUUAUGUAACAUGUAUAGUGAACUUGAUCCAGAAAAAACACAAUGCAAGAAAUGUUUUGAAAAUGCUGGAGAAUUUUUUGAAAAAUGUGAAAAAGUUAAAAAUGCUUUUGAUAUUAAUAAAGGAAGUUCUUAUUUACAACUAUGGUCUAGUUUAUCAAAUGAUUAUAUUCUGUUUAAACAACUAUAUAAUGUUAAUACGUGUGCUAAUGAAUCACCAUUUGUAGCUUGUCCACGAAGUUCAGUAACAAAAAAUACAAUAAUUACAAUUGCAAUUAUAUUUGUUGCAGCAUCAAUCUUAUUGGGAGUUUCUUAUAAGUAUUCGUUAUUUGGAUUUCGGAAACGAUCUCAAAAACAACAUUUAAGAGAAAUGCUAAAAAAAUAA